GCGGUUGUUCGCAGCUUGGUUGACGCGGAUCUAUCCCGGUCCGUUUCUGCAUAGCAAUGACUCCGAUAACUUCAACUUUCAUCCUCCCCCGCCGGACUCACGCGCUAGGAGCAUGUCGCACCUGCAGACGUCGGCAUGUCAAGUGUGACCAAAAGCGUCCGUCGUGUCGUACAUGUCGAUCACUUGGUGUCACAUGCGAGCGUCCUCCAAGUAAGGUACGCUGGAUGCACAAUUCCAAUAAUGGCGACAGUGCAGAGGACCAACGUGAAACCCGCCGGCAUCUUUACACAGAGCAGUCUAGAUUGUCCAUGACAUCCUCACUAAGCUCGCGACUGGUCUCAGGUUCAAUCAAUGCGUCGUUGGCUGAGAUUGACCUCAGAACCAGAGACAUCGACAACCCUCCCACAGGCGAUAUCGUCGUCGGCCCGUUUGCAGUUCUCGGGCUGCCUACUCCUGAGUCCCAAAGGGAAGAUAAUGUGGUACAUCAGCAGGCCGAACAAGAUGAACCGGAUUCGAUUUCAGUCGAGUCCGAGGCACACCUUAUCCAGCCGGUCAGCCCGCCAAACAUCGAGGACAGCUCCGAAGCUAUCGGUCAGCUGACGACAUUCUCUCAAGCAUCUUUUAUCUCAGACCCAGUGUGCCAUUUUGACGAUUUCCUCCACUGGUCCGAUCUGCUUGGAUGCAGUCCAGAUGCUCUUGGCUGGAACCCUGCACCGUUGUCAAGCGACAUGAAUCUAGGGACAAACUUAGCCGCGCUCGGUUCCGAUUUCGAAAUGGAUCCUAUGCCUUUCAAUGGACCGGCAAAUGUCGGGUCAUUCUCAGACGCCCCAGAUGGGGACGGCUCCUUGCAGAUGAUUGAACCGACAGAGAUGGCCUCCACCUUGCUACAUGCCGCUUCAUUGGCAGAGGCGCCCUUCCUCUUCAAACAUUUUCAUGAUAAUGUGAUUCCACAAACAAUGCCUAUGCCUCUGGGCAAGAAGUCUCCAUGGAAGAUUCUGAAUGUACCGGCCGCAAUGGUUACUUACAGCGACCUGACGAUACUUGGUUCCCAGAAUAUCAACCACGCGCGUCAGGCCAAUCUAUACGGGUUGUUGGCCUGUUCUGCUAUCCAUUUGUCUACGUAUCCAAGCGCACCCUCGUCGGGUGCGGCCCAACAUUGGCAAGGAACAGCCGAGAAUUUGUUCGAACAGGCCAGGGAACAUAUGCAACUCUCGAUAAAGUAUGAAACUCAAGAGCCAAAGAGAGCCAAGUACAAGGAUCAACUAAUGGCCAUAUGUUGCUUGACUGAGUACGCUAUUUUGUCUGGGCAACAGCACUACGCUCGUGGGUUCCUUAUCAACGCUGAGUAUAUUCUGCGCAUGCGGGGCCUGCCGAAACGACGGAUCUCGCCAAAGGCGCGUCUUCUCCACCAUGUUUAUACAUGGCUGCGACUUGUAGGCGAGAGUACCUAUGUCCUUCAUGACUAUCAGCCCUCCGCCUCUUUUAUUGAGGCUCUUAAUUCCGGUUUUCGCCCUCGGCAACCUGAUCCACGUAAUCACGUCAGAAGCGAAGCGGAUCAGAAGGUUCCGCAGCUCGACGACUUCUUGCGACUCGAAGCACACCAUUCGGACAGUGACUUGAACAUCGACGAUCCUAAAGAUCAGGAGGCCGGGUUGCAUGAUAUUCAUCUGCAGGACUCCCGCAACUUUUCGGAUACCCUAUACAAGCAGAUCUAUGGCAUCCCCGAGACGUGGCUUACACUUGUAUCCCAGACCACGAGGCUCGCCAACGUGAUGGAGACGUUUCGAGUUGCACGUCAAUCGCAGAGGAAGGUUUCUCUUGAGGCAUGGGAAACACUCCACCGCCGCAGUGAGCACCUGGAAAAUAUGAUCUGCUCAUUUGUUCUGCGGUACAAUCGCCGCGUCCGCUCCAAGCACCCAGACUCAACCAAACCCCAUCAGCCAAUGUUGCGAGCAUUGAACGGCGCUCUGCUAAUUUUCUUUUAUCGGCGGGUUCGACAAGUCCAUCCUGCUGUCGUAGCUGGUCAUGUGGACGACGUCAUUACGGCGCUGGCUGACUUUCAGAAAGCUGUACCAGCAGAGCAUCCCAUGAGCCCUGCAACGGCUUGGCCUAUGUUUAUUGCGGGGUGUGAGGCACUUACAGCCUCUAAGCGGGACGCUGUCCUUCAUUUUUUCAACAGGGCCGAGUCAAUCUGUCGAUUUCCCAUAUUUAAAACAGCCAGGGAAGUUCUGACAGACGUGUGGAACCAGCAGGACCAGCAUUUGGAGACAAAUAGACGGGACCCCAUGCCAACAUGGAUCAAUAUUGUCAGACAAAAGAAUCUAUGGCCUCUUUUUUGCUGA